CAUUGCUGAUGUUGUUUUUGUCAUUUUCUGUGGCCUGCUGCGAUUGGAAGUUUCCACAAAAUACUACGACGAUAGUAGAACUUCUUUCCUGAUUUCUGUAGAUCCUCUGAAAGUGUUGUUUUACAUUUACGUUCAACGCUAUUGGAUAGGAAGAGGCCGUUGUUUUUAUCGAAAUAUGGCAAGCAAAUUAGGGAUCAGUCUAGGAUUCAGAUCUGUGCCUAAAUUGAUCAGGCCUAUCUCGACGUCACCAGCUCAUAACGAUGCUUGGCUCUCGAAGCUGCUUGUCAGAAAGAUUGAACCAACCAAAGAAUCGCACAGCAGAAUGCUCAGUGAUAAGGACAUUGUUUAUGGUCUGCAGACCCACAAUUUCCGCCCAGAUAGCCGCCAUAAAUACAUUAAAAAUAUGAAGAACACUGUUGCUUUAGUUACCUCUCACAAGAAGUUAGAGAAUGAUGUGGAAUUGGUUGGUUCAUGGACUGUUAAUGUCGGAGAUCAGGAUCAGGCUAUACAUCUCUGGCAAUACAGAGGUGGAUUUCAAACCAUUGAUGAUAUGAGUGCUGUGCUUAAUGAUAAUCAAGAUUACAUGAAGCUUUAUAAAGAGCAGUCAGAGCUGGUGCGUUCCAGACAUCUGCAAUACCUUUUGGCGUUCAGUUACUGGCCGCAAAUAGAGUCAAGAUCAACGAAGAAUAUUUACGAGAUAAGGUCUUAUGCUCUUAAGCCAGGUACAAUGAUUGAAUGGGGUAACAAUUGGGCUAGGGCCAUUAAUCACAGACAGAACAAUCACGAGGCAUUUGCCGGAUUCUUUUCGCAAAUUGGAAGACUUUACAAUGUUCAUCAUAUUUGGUGUUAUAAGGAUUUAACAUCCCGCAAGGAAACGCGUCAAAGUGCUUGGAGAUCCCCAGGUUGGGACGAAUGCGUUGCUUACACGGUGCCGUUGAUCAGAGAGAUGCACUGCAGAAUCUUAGAACCGACUGAAUUUUCUCCAACUCAGUGAAUCUUUCCAAAAGUAAGAAAGAACAGAGUAACUACAUAUAAUUAAUUAAUUAAAAAAAAAACUAUGUAUUCCCUCAUGCUUCACAAUUCUUGUGUAUAUACUAUACAUCUAUGUGAGAAAAUGUUAAGCAUUAUUUUUAAUCCCACUGAAA